AUAAAGGGACCUGUGACGCUGGCACUGGAUUACUAUGUAUUUACAAGCAUGUUUCAAAGUGUUCCCGAAUCUGCUACAUAUUACGAGUUCUUUCCGGAGAAAAUGUAUUUCACUAAAGCAACUGAGACUUGCAGAGCGUAUGGAGGAAAUCUGGCAUCCAUUCAUACGAUUUCUGAGCAUAGAUUGAUGUACUCAAAUCUUUCUAGCCAUCAUACCUGCACUAAAUGGUUGCUAGGUCUUAAAGGAAAGUCUCUGAUGCACAGUGCCUGGCUGGAUGGCAGCUGGGUUGACUUUGCACUGUUUGAGGGAACAGUACCCGAACAUACAAACGAGGAUCAAGUGGUUUUCAUGGACAAGGAUCUAUUUUACAUGUGGAAGUAUGGUCCAGUUUCGACAACACAAGGCUGCGUCGUAUGCCAGUAUAGACAAAAUGACUGUAGUCUGCCUGUACUAAAUGGAUAUUGGACAAUCCCCCGAAGUGCGUGGACAGCUUCAGGAGACAUAUUACAAAACACCAACAUUGAUUACGUUGUCCUUAACCUGGCAAAUGGUCUCAACUUUUUCAAGGCUACAGAACCAAAAGGAUACAUUCAGAUAGACAUUCAACAAGAAUUCCUAUUGCAUUCACUCAAGUGCAGUUCGCUUCAUGGGGACAUACUGGAAGGUUAUGGUAGAUCAGGACAAAUUCCACUAAGCUACGCUUUCUACAUCGAGUAUUCAGUAGAUUUGCUUAAAAGAUUUGUUUAUAUUAAGGAUCAGAAGAAUCAAAAGUUGAAAUUUUCCUGUGGAUCUGAUGCUUUGAUUGUUAAAUCAACUCAUUUAUCUUCACCGGUGAUAGCCAGAUUUGUGAAGAUAUCGUGGAAAUUCAACACAGACAUGAUCGUCUUUACACUAGCCAUGGAACUGUUUGGAUGUCCUGCAUACACCUCAGCUGAGGUUGUAGUGAACCUGCAGUGUGGGACGGAGCCCAGUCUGUACUCACUGAUGGGAAAUGAAUCAUUCAGGUGUCUGCAUCACAGGUGUCCUCUGACUGUGGACACAUGUGGCCCUUACAAACACUAUUACGUGCCAAACGACCGGGACAAAAAACACACAUGUUCACCGAGUGAUACCUGCGCUUCUAUGCCUUGUGAUGAUGGCACAAUAUGUUUAGAUUAUGGAAAGAGAUUUGAGUGUCACUGCCCACAUACCGUUGAAGGAGACUGCAAACAUGAUUCUGAUAUGUAUAUUAUGGUGGAUAAACGUCAAGUUGUUGUAGAUGAAAUUCUUACAUUUUAUUUGAUGGUGAAAAAUCCAAUCUCUCAGUCGACAUAUCAAGUCCAAAUAGCAGAGGAUGUUUCCUGCACUCCCAGCUUCACUUCAGUUAACAACAGCAAGAAAGGCCAAUAUUUAUGUAGCACAGCAAAAUAUUAUGCUACGAAAGGAGGAACCUUUGAAGCAACAGUGAAAAAUAUUGUCAAAGGUGGUGUGAUGUCCAGUAAUACUGUAGAGUUUAGAGUUAUUUACCCCGAUUCUGUGGUCAAUGAAUGCUUGGCACAUAUAAAAAUCAGUGGAGUUUCCCAUAACAUCCAAUCAGCUUAUUUGUACCACAGAGGGCAGGACUUGAAAUUCACAGUGUCUGCGACAACAGUAUGCAGUAAUUUGUCAGCAGAAACCUUUAAAAUAAUGGAAUAUGAAUGGACAUUCAGUCAGUAUAGAUAUAAAAGUGACGAACAUUGUCACAGUGAUGCUGAUCUUGUUAAAGUAAAGAUAGCUGGGUUAAAACCUAGUGGAAAAGGUGAUUUACUGUUGCCUAAAAGAACAUUGCCACUAGGAUACUUUAGUGUCUGCUUGAAAGUCAAGUGGGCUCAGACACGCAAGACUAAUUACUCCAAAGAAACAUGCGGAUUUUUCAAGAUGAUUGUAGCUCCUUUGACAGCUGUUGUUGUCCCAACUACAGCAUACCAGUCCAUUCCAAACAAUCAACCAGUAAUACUAAAUGCUUCAGCAAGUUUGGAUCCAAACUCUGGAGAUAGUUCUGGUAUCAUAUACGAGUGGUAUUGUCGUAUGAAGAAAACUAAUGACAGUUGUGCUUUUGCAUCACGUUUACAAGCCGAGUUUGUUCCAGACAAGCCACACAUAAUGCCAGUGACAGAAUCUGUCCUGAUCAUCCCCAAAUUGUACUUGGUGAUGAACCGGACCUAUGUCCUGACUGUUGUGAUCAGCAAAGACAGCGUGCCCAGCAGCAGUGCCUCAGUGACCAUCCACAGCUCCUCAUCAACUGCCCCAGACUUCUCUAUCAGAUGCGUAUAUAACUGUGGAGAAGUGGUUGCUCCAGCUAAGCUUUUGGCCCUGGAAAUGGACUGUGAGAACUGUGGUUCUGAUGAUGUCAGACUGAUGAAACAGAUGUGGAAGCUGUCCAGUCAGAAAGAUGGUGUCAUACCAUUUUCAGUUUGGGUGCCCAAGUCACUUACAGGAAACAGGAAGAAGUCACUGGUGCUUCAGGCAGGGACACUCAACAUAUCUAAUGUCUACCAGUUUGAAGUUGAAGGACAUGCGAAGAACAACAUGGUGGGCACAGCAGUGUACAAAUUUGUGACGAACUCGCCGCCACGUGGCAGGUCAUGUUUCAUAACUCCAGCGUCUGGACGGGCUCUCGUCACCCACUUCACGGUGACGUGUUCCGGGUACCACGACCCACAUACGCCUUUGAUGUAUACAAUCUACCUGAAACAGAAAGGUCUAUCAGAUACUCUAUUGUAUCAUGGAUAUGAAAGUACUAUACGGUUUAUCACACUUCCAGAAGGGUCAGAAGAACUUGGUUUCAAGCAAACAUUAAUAGUCAGCAUAAGUGAUUCCUUUGAAACCAGUACAGAUUAUCCUAUUUCUGUCCAGGUUCGCAGUCCACAAGAUGGGAAAUUGAACACAGUGAAAUUGUUAAGUGAUAUCACCAAGAACCUUAAUUUACAUCAAGACACACAGGGAUUUCUUAGACAAGCAAAGAAUGUACUAGAGAUGCUUGGGAAAGAAUCAAAGAAAAAGACAAUUAUUCCAAAUGAAGAAAAAAAGCAGAAAGCUGAAAUUCGUGAGCGGGUGAUGGACAGUCUUCAGUCUGUGAAAAUAAAAGAUAAAGAAACACUUUUUCAGAUAAGUGACCUUGUAGCAGACAUAGUGUCACAGGAAGACAACAUGUCAGCCAACAUGGAGGAGCUUGCUAUGAAUGUGAUCACCCAUUUGACAGAUGCUUUGAUGGACAUAUCAAAAAGUUCCCCAACUGUCGCAAGAAUUAUUGCCAAGAAACAGUGUGAAGCACUGUUUAGCUUGAUGGAUAUAUCUGAUGAGGUAGACACUAUAGUACAAAACCAGACCAAAGAAAACAAUCCAGUUACAAGCACUGAAUCAACAGAUACACAACAAGAAAAAGUAAAAAAGUCAAAAUCUAAAGUGAAGCAUCUGCUGACGAUGUUCGAGAAGGUUGGUGAUGCAAUGCUGGUUUCAGUCCAGUCCGUGGAUGAGGAAUCUCUGAUGGUCAGUGAACAGAGGCAGAUGACAAUGCUGGUCGAGUGGAGUAAGGUAGAUGUGGACGACAUCCACCUCGCUGUGGGACUGAAACACUCAAGUGAUGAUGGGUCUGCUUCCUUCACCCUCCCCAUGGCCAACACAUUCAACACGUACAACCAGCAGAGGAAUGCAUCUGUCAAGUCGGUUAACUUGCAGGUGCUGUUUUUGAAGAAAAAUCCCUUUUUGUGGUCAUCGACAGCGAAGAGAAUCAAUUUACCAGUGAUGAUGAUUUUACUCAAAGAGCGAGAGGAAACCCAGACACUUGCUUUGUCGAAUUUCUCUAGGCCUGCAGAUAUUUUCAUACCACUGGACAUUCCGACCCAGUUGACAGAUAACUACACACACUUGUUCAUUGUUUCACAUGACGCCAUCAACAAAACAGUGUUAUGGUCCACUGCCCUGAACUUCACCAUUCCAUCUGCUGAUAAGAAAAUGAAUAUUUUGAAGAUCGUCCCCAUAAAUACGACACUGAAGCUACAUGUGUUCUGGGGAACAGCGGAUUCAGAUAUUGGCGUCAACCACACAGAAAGCAGUGGAUCUGACUGGCCAAUUCCGGAUGGGAAUCUGUUGACAUACAAGAACCACAAACAGGAUCCACAGCUUUUAUUCUUACCUAAGAAUAUCCUUGGAGUGAACGACACUAAUUUUUAUGUUCGCGUUCAAGUUCAGCUUGGCCAGAUUGUUGAUAUUAAAACUAAUGAAACAACAAACUUUCAAGUUGAAGUUGGAAUACAGUUGUUUACAGCUGAAUGUUCUUACUGGGAUGAAGACCUGGAAGAAUGGAGACAAGAUGGUUGUAAGGUUGGACCCGUAACCACUCUGCUGAGUUUACACUGUCAGUGUGACCAUCUGACAGGGUUUUCCGGAGGUGUGUUUGUCGCACCCAACCCUGUGCAUCCUAUUAAGGAUGUGCCCCUGUUCCUGACCUUUUUCGACAACCCAUUAGUCAUCUCCCUCAUGAUUUGUGUUUGGAUUAUGUACUUGCAAUUAUUAUCUUGGGCACACAAAGUAGAUUAUAAAGAUUCCCAAAAGACUGGUGUGGUGGUGCUGGCAGACAACAGGCUGAAGGACCAUUACAUGUAUCUGAUCUGUGUGGUGACCAGCUGGUGGCUGCAUGCUGGCACAACGUCGAGAGUGUUCAUGUACCUCUGUGGUUCAGACGGGGACUCCUCACCACAUGCUCUGUACGACCGUGAGCGCCAUCUCUUCACAUCAGGGGCAGAGAAUUGGUUUCUGCUCAAAACCAGGGAUUGCCUUGGCAAGAUCAAAUCUGUUGUCAUUUGGCAUGAUAACAGUGGAAACAACCCAUCAUGGUACCUAAAAGAAGUUGUUAUUAAGGACGUGCAAACAAAGCAGACAUGGCAUUGCCUCUAUGACAAGUGGCUCAGAAUCUGUAGAGAAUACAAACUGAUUCACGCAGACAUACCUGCCAUAGAAGGAGAAACAUUUUCCAACAGGCAUUUGUACCAUUUUUCUCAGACGAUGAGCCAGGGUGUGCGCAAUGAGCACUUGUUACUGAGCAUCUUCGUCAAGAUGCCGGCCAAUCUGUUCACGCGUAAACAGCGUCUCACGUGUGCCCUCUGUCUCGUGGUGCUCAUCAUGCUGGCCAACAUCAUGUAUCACGGCAUUCCACGGGAUGACCGCGAGGUCCAGAUCGAUUUCGGACCAUUCCAAUUCUCGCUGGUCAACUUAGUGAUAGGAAUACAGAGUGCUGUCAUGGUCGUUCCUGUCAGCAUGGGGAUCGUCUUGCUGUUCAUGUCAGUGGAACCAAGACCAAUGGCAGCAACAAAACUAGAAGGGAUUGAUGUCACUUCCAACAAAAUCAGGCAGAUGCUGGCAAAGGAAAAGAAAUGGUCUUGUUGCAGGUUGCCAUGGUACUUUGUCUACUUUGCAUAUUUUAUAGCGAUUGGGACUUCCAUCAUCUGCUCCUACUUUGUGAUGCUGUAUGGCCUCAAAUACGGCUUCAACAAGAGUAUAGCCUGGCUGGUUUCAUUCUUCAUGUCAUUCUUCCAGAGUGCACUGGUCAUACAACCUGUAUUAGUCUUUAUCUGGGCUUUUCUGCAAACAGUGUUGUUUAACCAGAGAGUGAAAUAUGAAAGUGGAAUAGCCAAGACAUCCUUAUUGGAUAAAAAUGAGGAGUACUUGGAUCAGGAAUCACUUGAAAGAGAAGUCGCACCCCAGGACGAACCUACAGAAGUGUUGGGACCCUACGUGCCACCAUUACCAGAGAGCAUCCUUCAGAGACUUCAUAAACGAAUCGUGCUCAACCAGAUGACGUGGGAGGUUCUGUUGCAAAUCAUCAUGUACCUUACGUUUGUUGCUGUCGCCUUGCUGGCACUGCUGGGCCACAGCGAUGUGAAUAAGUCAUAUCACGUGACCAAGAGCAUUCACGAUGUCUUUAUCGGUGCAUCAUAUGGUGACCAUGAUGUUCCCUUUCAUCAGGUUGCAGACUGGAAAUCCAUGUGGGAGUACAUGAAUGUAACUUUUCUAUCAAAUAUGACGCCGGGGCCAAAUCAUUCUAUCUCUAAUUCUGUAGCAUACCUUGUGGGCAGAGCAAUGCUGCGACAAAUACGAGUAUACAAACAAGACACUUGCAUCAAUAUCUUUGAAACGAAGCAGAGACAGAAAGCAUUUCAGAGCUGUACUGAACCCUUUAGUUAUAGUUCUGAAGAAACUAGAACUUACAAUGAAAACUGGAAAAGUGAAACCACUGUCAACGGAAGCUCCAUGUGGUCAUACCAGCCUGCCAGACAAUUAGAUACUCUACUAACUAUGGGAAAGCUUGCUAUCUAUCCUGGUGGAGGAUAUGUUGUUCAGCUACCAAGAAAUGUCAGUCUGGCACGCGAGUGUUUAGAUGAUAUACAACAAAAAGCAUGGAUUGAUGAAUACACACGUGCAGUGUUUGUGGAAUUCACCCUCUUCAACCCAAAUGUCCAGACGUUUUCCAUGGUGAUACUGAUGUUUGAAAUUUCCAAUACUGGUUUCGUGAUCACCGACCAUCAAAUCUACACAGCAGACUUUUAUUACUAUCAAAGUGAUUUUGAGAAAUUUGUUGCUGCUUGUCAGAUUGUCUUCGUUUUAUAUCUGCUGCUAUUUACAUAUUUGGAAAUCAAGAAGUGUUGCAAGUUGACCUGUUACCAGUACUUUCGUAACUCUUGGAGCUUUGUUGAAAUUACCAUCUUGGUGUUAGGAUAUUCUUUUGUUGGACUCUCUAUUUAUCGAUUUCUUGUCUGUGCUCACUUAAUGGAUGCUUUCCGAGACUCUAAUUAUGAAAAGUUUGUUAGUUUUAAUACAGCUGCUUUUCUUGAUUCGUUAAUUACACAUGUCAUGGCAACUUUAAAUCUGUUUAUAAUCAUCAAGUUAGGCAUACUCCUUCAUUUGAAUUGGCGAAUAUCUAUGCUUAUACAAACUAUUCAGUUAGCAAGACGAAAGCUUGUUGUGUAUUCUUUUUAUCUAUUUGUAUUUACCUUUGCAUAUGCGUUGUUUGGUGUUCUUGUCUUUGGCACUAUACUUAGAGGGUAUAGAAAUUUAUAUACCACAGUCACAUCAAUGCUUCUUUUUAUGAUAGGAAAGUCUGAUUAUUAUGGUCUUAAAGAAGCCAACUCUGUUCUUGGUCCUGUAUUUUUCUUUCUCUUUGCAGUGACAUUUCAAUUUGUGUUGGAGUAUUUUUUUCUCAUACUUUUAAUGGAGGCAUUGCAUGACAUAAAGUCACACACAAAGAAAUUCCGUAAAGAGGUCAACCUGUUUAAACACACAUUGAAAAAGUUCAAUUUACAAUAAAUAUUAGAUAAACAGAAAGAAAACAAAAAUCUACAAAAUUUGAACACAUAAUUGUUGUUCAGUGAAAAUGGAUAUUUAAAAUUCAAAUCCAAACAUUUUUCGAUGCCCACAUCCAUUAGGUUCAUGCUUGUCCACCCUGGGUCCAGUCUCUGGUAUGACCAAUGGCCUGACCCAGGGUAGAUAUUUAAAAUAUAAAUUUGAAGGUUAAUAUCCCUUUCUCUGAUGUCUUAGUGACGGUUCUAAAUACAAAGUUCAAUCCCCUGAAGUUGAGAAAAGUGUUAGGUGGCCUCGCAUUAUUAUAAAUACACAUAUUCAGUUGAUCUAUCAUAGUUACUUUAUAGACUAAGGGCAUAGAGCUCAUUUUAUUAUAUUUUUCUGUUAACUACAUAUACUUUGUGUCAACAUGUGAUAUAUUGCGUGAAACAGAUUUAUUUCACAAACUGCAAAGCAAUGAGUAAACUAUAUACAAACUGAUAUACAUGUUACAAUUUUUAUAGCUGAUUGCUUUUCAGUUUUGAUUUUGAAAUAAAUUGAUUAGAAAUAAUUUCCAGAUCAAAACUAAUUAAUUUUUUUGUUAAUCAGCAAUAAAUUAAGACAAAUUGGGCAUUGUUUUUUAUAUUUUGUUUAAGAUUAUGUUCUUCACGAUAUAUGUUCCAAAAAAUUAUUACGUUAAGGUUUGCGAGACAAAUACAUAUCAGAAUAAAUCUAAUUAUUUCUAUAUAUUAUGCCAUUGUGUGCAUGUGUGUGUGUGUUUAUUUUGUUUUAUUGUUUCAUAAAUAAUUUUACUAACCCACCAAGUAUAAAAAUUGUUUGUGCAACUCUCCUGUAAGCAACUGAGAGAUAAAAGUUUUCCAGAUUUUUAA